UUUUUCCUAUCCGAAUCCGCUAUUAUUCCCCACCGACGGAGCAAUAGGGCACCCUAAUAAUAACUUCUCAAGCGUUUUCCACAGGAACGCUCAAAUAUCAUCUAUAUGCAAAAUAAAUAUAAUUACAUACAUACAUACAUAAAACCACAGACCCCAUUUGUUCAGUAUCAGUAAUCCAUCCAUCCACCCACCCGGUAAGUCACAGCUAACAAUAAAUUCCCCGAUCAAAAAGUCUCCGCCUCGAUCCCUCCCCCUCCUCCUCCUCCACCCUUCCCUUUGCUGGCGAAUCACGCCUUCGGAACGUGCCCCGCACCCUUUUUCACGAGAAGCUCGCAGCCCCACCAUCCCCCGAUCCGAUCUCUCCCUCUCUCUCUCACGUUCGCGGGCGGGCGGACGGACGGUCGUAUUGUAUUCCGUGUUUUUGUCGUUCUCUCCUUCGCCCCGUCGGCCCCGUCCCGUCGGCGAGCGGUGACUGACGAUGGCGAUCUCCGCCGGCGCCGCUGCCGCCGCCGCCGUUGUGGUGCUCCUCUCGCUGAGCUCGGCCGCGAUGGGGGAGAUCCGGGUCAACGACGUGCGGUCGGACGGCCGCGCCAUCAUCCCCUUCGACGAGUUCGGGUUCACGCACGGCGGCGUGCUAGAGCUCAACGUGUCGGGCAUCUCCCUGUCGGACCCCUCCCCGGAGCUCGACCUCUCGCAGCUGGGGUUCUUCCUGUCGACGCGCGACGCGUGGAUCCACGUGCUGCAGCAGCUGCAGGACCUGGACGUGACCUGCGCCCUGCAGUCGGACCUCGUGAAGCUGGUCUACUCCUUGGACCGCCUCUACCCGCCCUCCAACCCGUCCGGCGUGGCCAACGCGCGCUCCUCCUCCUUCUCCGUCGCCUUCCGCGUCGCCGAUCCGGGGCAGUACACGCUCGUCUUCGCCGACUGCCUCCCCGCCCUGCGCGUCUCCAUGUCGGUCCGCUCCGCCAUGUACAACCUCGACCGCGACGGCCGCCGCGUCUACCUCUCCGCCGGGUCCGCCGUCCUCCCCCUGCUCUUCUUCCUCCUCUCCCUCGCCUACCUCGCCCUCGCCGCCCUCUGGGUCCUCGUCCUCCUCCGCAAGCGCGCCGCCGUCUUCCGCAUCCACCACUUCAUGCUCGCCGUCGUCGCCCUCAAGGCCCUCAACCUCCUCGCCGAGGCCGAGGACAAGUCCACCGUCGAGCGCACCGGCAGCGCCCACGGCUGGGACGUCCUCUUCUACAUCUUCAGCUUCCUCAAGGGCGUCUCCCUCUUCACCCUCAUCGUCCUCAUCGGCACCGGCUGGUCCUUCCUCAAGCCCUACCUCCAGGACCGCGAGAAGAGGGUGCUCGUCGCCGUCAUCCCUCUCCAGGUCGUCGCCAACAUCGCGCAGGUCGCCGUCGACGAAUCCGAGCCCUACGCCCGCGAUUGGGUCACCUGGAAGCAGAUCUUCCUGCUCGUGGACGUCGUCUGCUGCUGCGCCGUGCUCUUCCCCAUCGUAUGGUCGAUCAAGAACCUCCGCGAGGCCGCCAGGACCGACGGGAAGGCCGCCGUCAAUCUGAUGAAGCUCACACUCUUCCGCCAGUACUACGUGGUCGUCAUCUGCUACAUUUACUUCACUAGGGUCGUAGUCUACGCCCUAGUUACCAUUACCUCUUAUCGCUACCUCUGGACCAGCGUCUUGGCUGGGGAGCUCGCCACUCUUGGUUUCUACGUCUUCACCGGCUAUAAGUUUAGGCCGGAGGUGCACAAUCCUUACUUUGUGAUAGAUGAUGAGGAGGAGGAGGCUGCUGCCGAGGCUCUUAAGUUGGAUGAUGAAUUUGAGUUGUGAAGCGCAAGGCAAGGCACGCGGUGGUUGGCGCUGAUUGAAGGUUCUGAUAUCUUUCCUCUCCUAUCAAUGAAGAUAGAUACUGUGAGCGGUUGCUAUAGCAAUUAUCGGUAUACCUGGGAUCCAGUUGAUACUUUUGUCUUUCUUUCUUUCUUUCUUCCUCUCUUUCCUUUCCCUUGUUUUUUUUUUUUUUUUUUUUUUAAUGAAGCCUUUUGUAUUUUGAAUUGCAAUUUUAAAUUGAUGUCAUUAGAAGCGUGGCUCUUGUUUAUUAGCAUCACUCUGUUUCGUAUGCUUCUCUUGUCUACUGUGGUUGCUAUAGUGUCGGUAAUAUAUCCAUCUUGGAGUAUCAUGUCUGACUGGCUAUUGAGCUUAGUUAUGAAGAACUAAUCUGUGUGUGAUUUCCUUA